AGGGUGUCGAGCGGCGGCUUCAGGCAUCAAACAUUCAUGACCGCCCACGGCUCGACGAGUGCUUACGGAUGGCGCAUCGACCAACCGCGAACAAUGAUCGACCACCACCUUACGGGUAUGAUCGGUCGAGGAGAGAGCGCGAGCAAGCUGAGAUCAAACAAGAGGAGUCGCAAGUGAGCAACAAGGCCCAAGGCGAGUCCAAGAAUGCGACGGAGGUCGAAUUGGUUGAGCACGAUAAGUAUGAGGUGGAAAUUACGGUCGAACCGGUCGAGUGCGAGAAACCACACUCGUUCAACAAAGAGGUUAUAAGCGAGUUCAAAGAAGCCGAGGUCGAGGAGGAGAUUUUGGUCGUGGUCGAAGAGGGCCAUGAUGACGGGACGCACGGGGAGGACAAUACAGAUGAAGUGAUGGCGACGCCCCAAGUGAAGGUCAUUUGCGAGUCCUUGAGGACAAGGACUCAUUCGAAGGGGGGAGGAAUGAUGCGGAAGUGGCUUUCGAGGCCCGAGAACGCCGAGAGCCAAUGGUCGAGACAAUCCGAGAAGGCCGAGAAAAAGGCCAAAACCACGCAUGCAUGGCCUAAAAGACGGGUACGUGCCCGUAUGCGACGUUCACGAGGAAGGCGACGUAAGCCGUGGACACACGCAUGGCCUCGGGCUUAUCGCACGGGGUCAAGACGCGCCUGGCCGAGACCUGGAAAUCCUGCAGGUCGACAACGAGGACUGGAUGACACCCGAUAUGAGACACGCGCACGAGAAGGUUUGAGAAGUCUCGUGAGACAAGGAAUAGCACGCGACCAAGCACGCGGGGACGUACACGGGCAUGCAUGGGCGAUGGGCGUGCGCAGUGCGCGUGAUGACGGACGGGGCGCUGAGCGGACAAAAGGAAUCCGCGUCCCAGCAGGCAAAGGAAUGGUGAGCGCACACGGGCACGAACGCGAAAUAAUCGGCCGAGUACGGGAUAGCGCGCGAUUUCUUCCUGUGCAUCGCUCGAUUUCGAGUUUCUUGGUAAGCUUUCAUCCUCUAUUUUUAUUUCUUUAUUUGUUUGUUUCGUAUUAUUCCUUUUGCGUAAUGGUGUCAAAAGGAAAGGGUAAAGCAGUGGCGAGUUCUUCUAGUACUGAGUCGGUUCCCUUGGAUGUGUAUCAUGAUUCACAGUUGGUCGAAUUGGCCUUUGAGUAUCAUCGGUGGGAUCCGAUGUUGAUAGGGCAUUUGGAUAUUAAGCCCGAUGAUGAAGAUGGCGAUCGAAUUGUUGAAGAGAACGCGGCCGAUAUUGAGGUGCCUCACUGGAGGAGACCGGUGAGGAAGUGGUCUGACCCUGCGGUCGAUUUUGAAGGCGAGCCAAGCAUUCUAACUGAUGCCGAUGUGGUGAUACUACGGGAGCAGGUGAGAAUUCCUCCUUCGGUGAGGGUUUUUGCUCCUUACCCCGGGGAGAGAAUAACAAGUCCUCCUCCGGGUUGUGUGGGCGUCUUUGCAGAGAGCUUAAGGUCGGGACUGAGAUUCCCGUUACCGAAUUUGAUCACAGAAUACCUUCGAAGUUGGGGGUUGCCGUUGUGCCAAAUCACUCCUAAUAGCUGGAAAAAGAUCAUUGGCUUAAUGGUAUUGUUGCACGAGAAGGGUGAAGGAUUACCAUCGUAUGAGGAGAUAAGGAGUAUCUUCGCUUUUAAGAGGAGCCCAAAGAGACAUGUUGCGGAAUCUUCGUGCUGCUUCUUUGCAGGGGCUAAACCGCAACGUGGCGUGAAAGUCGGUGAGAUCAUUACCGAUAUUCCGGAAACUCUUCAUGGAUUUCAAGAGGAGUGGUUGUGGAUCGGUGGAGAGUGGCAGUCCGAAAGCUUCUUCCACGAACCUCGGAUUGACGGAAUGACAAUUCCGAUGUUUAUACAUACCGGAGCAAUCGAGACCUCGGUGAUAUCUGAGGAGAAAAAGGCUUUGGAGGCCGAGGUAGCUGACCUUAAGGCACGCCUCGCUGUGGUUGAGCAACACUUUAAAACUUCAGAGGUCAAAUUGGAGGAAACAGCGAAGGCGUUGUCAGACGAAAAGGCGGGGCAUGAAGCAACGCGUAAAGGGUACGCCGAGGUCCGCGAGCUUGUAAGUCAGCAACGGGAGGCCCAUCAAGCCGACGUAUUGAAGCUUGAAAGAGAGAAGUCGGAGUACGGAGAAUUUAUGUAUGAGAAUGGCUUUCAAGCUGGGAAGGACUCUAUGGCCGAAGUGCAAACUGUUCAGGCUGAUGAUAUGGUUGCCGAAGUGGAAGAGGAAGACGGCCCAGAUUUGGAGCUUGAAAUGAAUACUUGCUUGGCACUCUGGUGGGUUAUCGAGCGCUUUGAUGCCGGUUAUUAUGAUAUCGAUGAUCUUC